UUCCGCCGGGAUUCACGAUUUGGCGCGGAAAGUUGCUGUUUUGGGGGAAAGUGUCUGUGUGGCAGCAAGUGGGACAGAGUGAUUUUAUGGAUCCAGUUUGCGAUGCCGACAGGGACGUGGACGUCUCGGAUGGCGACAGAGGCAUCGCCACAUCACGCUCUCGGCGGGAGAAGAAGGAGAAGGUGGGCAGGAAGGCGGCACUGGAGAUGGUGAGGAAAGCAAAGCGUGGCGAGAAGCUCAAGUAUGAGGUGGAAGAGCUGAGCAGCGUCUACGACGUGGUGGAUGAGGACCAGUACUCCCGCAUGGUACAGGAGCGCCAGGAGGAUGACUGGAUCAUCGAUGAUGAUGGCACUGGCUAUGUGGAGGAUGGCAGGGAGAUCUUUGACGAGGACCUACAAGAUGAUGCUCUGGGCGACAGAUAUAAAGGUAAAGCUGGUGCUAAGGAUUCGGCCUCCAAGGAUAAGAAGGUGCUGAAGAAAGCUGCUGUGGCCAAACCCAACAGCAUCAAGAGCAUGUUCAUGGCCAGCAGCAUGAAGAAACCUGUUGAGAAAGAUGUUGACCUGUCCAGCGAUGCCCUGCUCGGAGACAUCCUGCAGGACCUCCUUUCUGAGAAACCAGCUGUCCUGACUCCGCCCCCGGUCGUCACUCUGAGGAAGAAGCGGGCCAUGGGAGUUCCUAUGAAUCAGUUUGCCAUCAAACCACAGACCCCCAAGGAAACUCCUCCCACUCCUCCUCCGGGGUCUAAGGUCAAGUCUGUUACCAGGGUGGUGCCUGACAGGCCGUUACCCUCUUCUGCAGCGAGGAUCCCGGCAACCCAUGCCAAGGGGGUGAAGGUGGAGGAACUGGUAGCAGGGGAGCACGAGCACGACGCUGCCCUGCAGUUUGAUGAAGGUGACUUUGACGAGCCCAUGGAGGUUGAAACCAAGGAAGAGGAGGAGGAGGAGAAAGUGAUGAAGGCCAAGAUGGAAGCCAGUGUCAAAACAGAACCCAAAUGUGAAUUUCAGGACCCUGGGCAGCAACAGAUAUGUGUGGUCUACCUUUUUGGCAAGGUAUGGAUCGAAUCCGCAAAGGCACACGUCAGCUGCUGUGUGGUCGUGAGGAACAUCGAGAGGGUCAUGUUCCUGCUGCCCCGAGAACACAAAAUGGACAUAAAGACGGGAAAGGAGACGGAGGUGGCCGUCGGCAUGACGGACGUGUACCAGGAGUUCAGUGAGCUCUCUGAAAAGCUCAGGAUCAUGAAGUUCAAAUCGAGGAAAGUACAAAAGAACUAUGCCUUUGAGGUGCCUGAUGUCCCCACCCAGUCUGAAUACCUGGAAGUGCGGUACUCUGCAGAGAUGCCACCACUGCCCUCCGACCUGAAGGGGGAGACAUUCUCUCAUGUAUUCGGGACCAACACCUCCAGCCUGGAGUACCUCCUCCUCAGCAGGAAGAUCCGUGGGCCGUGCUGGCUCGACGUCAAGACUCCCCAGUUGAGCACCCAGCCGGUGAGCUGGUGCCGGGUAGAGGCUGUGGCCCAGCAGAGCUCCUUCCUGUCAGUGGUGAGGGACCUGCCCCCCCCACCCCUGGUAGUCAUGUCCAUCUGCAUGAAGACCGUGGAGAACAAGGCACAUCAGAAUGAGAUUGUGUGUCUUGCUGCUCUCACCCAUCACAAGUUUCCCUUGGACAAAGCGGCCCCACGGCCCCCCUUCCAGACACACUUCUGCGUGGUCAGCAAGCCAUCCAACUGCAUCUUUCCCUUCGAUUUCCAGGAGGCUGUCCGGAGGAAGAAAGGCAAGGUGGAGAUUGCGCCCACCGAGAGGACACUGCUGGCCUACUUUCUGGCUAUGAUGUGUAAGAUCGACCCCGAUGUCAUUGUGGGUCAUGACAUCUAUGGCUUCGACCUGGAGGUGCUUCUGAAGAGGAUGGGUGACUGUAAGGUGCCCCAGUGGUCCAGGAUCGGCCGGCUGCGCCGCGCCAACAUGCCCAAGCUGGGGGGCCGCGGCGGCUUUGCAGAGAAGAGCGCCACCUGUGGCCGCAUGGUGUGCGACGUGCAGAUCUCCGCCAAGGAGCUGAUCCGUUGCCGGAGUUACCACCUGUCGGAGCUGGUGGCCCAGGUCCUGAAGACCGAGAGGAUUGACAUCCCCCCGGAGGAGCUUAGUGAUUUCUACAGUGACUCGCCUCGCUUGCUCCACCUGCUGGAGGCCACCUGGAUGGAUGCCCGGUUCGUGCUGCAGAUCAUGUGUGAGCUGAACGUGCUGCCGCUGGCCCUGCAGAUCACCAGCAUCGCUGGCAAUGUCAUGUCUCGCACACUGAUGGGUGGCCGCGCAGAGAGGAACGAAUACCUCUUGCUGCAUGCCUUCUACGAGAAGGACUACAUCGUACCCGACAAGCCCGUUUUCAAGAAGCUGCCAGUGGAUCCGACAGACGAGGAAGAGGAUUCAGAUCGGGUCAAAGGGAAGUCCCGGAAUGCACGCAGGAAGGCCGCCUACGCAGGGGGGCUGGUGCUGGACCCCAAAGUGGGCUUCUAUGACAAGUUCAUCCUGCUCUUGGACUUCAACAGCCUGUAUCCGUCUAUCAUCCAAGAGUUCAACAUCUGCUUCACCACUGUGGCACGAUCGGCUGAGGGCGGGUCCCGCAAAGCUGAGGAGGACGAGCUGGACAAGAUCCCCGAGCUGCCCGACCCAGACCUGGAGAUGGGGGUCUUGCCCCAGGAGAUCCGCAAGCUGGUGGAGCGGCGGAGGCAGGUGAAGCAGCUCAUGAAGCAGCCGGACCUAAACCCGGACCUCUGCCUGCAGUACGACAUCCGGCAGAAGGCCCUGAAGCUGACAGCCAACAGCAUGUACGGCUGCCUGGGAUUCUCAUACAGCCGCUUCUACGCCAAGCCACUCGCCGCCCUGGUUACACACAAGGGGAGAGAGAUCUUGAUGCACACUAAGGACCUGGUGCAGAAGAUGAACCUGGAAGUUAUCUACGGUGACACAGACUCCAUCAUGAUCAACACCAACAACACCGACCUGGAGGAGGUCCUUAAAUUGGGAAACAAGGUGAAGAGCGAGGUCAACCGGCUCUACAAGCUGCUGGAGCUCGAUAUUGAUGGCAUCUUCAAGUCCCUCCUGCUGCUGAAAAAGAAGAAGUACGCGGCGCUGUGCGUGGACAUGGCCCCUGGGGGGCGCUAUGCCACCCGGCAGGAGCUCAAGGGGCUCGACAUUGUGCGCAGGGACUGGUGCGACCUCGCCAAGGAGUGUGGCAACUAUGUGAUCGGGCAGAUCCUAUCAGACCAGAACCGGGACACCAUCGUGGAGAACAUCCAGAAGCAUCUCAUAGAGGUUGGGGAGAAGGUGGUGAGCGGGGACGUUCCCCUCUCACAGUUCGAGAUCCACAAGGCCCUGACCAAGGACCCCCAGGACUACCCGGAUAAGAAGAGUUUGCCCCACGUCCACGUCGCCCUCUGGAUCAACUCCCAGGCAGGACGCAAGGUUAAAGCGGGGGACACUGUGUCCUACGUCAUCUGCCAGGACGGCUCAAAUCUGGGUCCCAGCCAGCGGGCGUACUCCCCUGAGCAGCUGCAGAAGCAGCCAGGCCUGAGCCUAGAUACACAGUACUACCUGUCCCAGCAGGUGCACCCUGUGGUGGGACGUAUCUGCGAGCCCAUCGUGGGCAUCGAUGCCGUGCUCAUCGCUACCUGGCUGGGCCUGGACCCCUCCCUUUUCCGUGCCCACCAGCAGCAGCGUCGCGAGGAGGAGGCGGACGCCCUGCUGGGGGGCCUCCAACUUACCGACGAGGAACGCUAUAAGGACUGCGAGCGCUUCCACCUGCCCUGCCCGCAAUGCGGCGUGGACAACAUCUACGACAGCGCUUUUGAGGGGGCGGGUCCAACGCUGCAGCCCAGCUUCCUGAAUUGCUGUCAGGUGGAGUGUCCGGGCCAGCCCAUCAUGCACCCGGUCCAGAUCCAGAACAAGCUGCAGCUUGACAUUCGGCGCCACAUACGCAGGUUCUAUACUGGCUGGCAUGCGUGUGAGGACCUGACCUGUCAGAACCGGACCCGCCGGGCGCCAGCUGAGUUCUUCCGCUCUGGCCCCAUGUGCCCUGCCUGUGAGAGGUCCACCUUGAAGCCUGAGUACUCUGAGAAGGCCCUGUACACCCAGCUCUGCUUCUACAGCUUCAUCUUUGACUGGGACCACAGUGUCCAGAAAAUGCAGGCCAAGUCCGAUAAGGAUCAUGCGAAAAAAUGGCAGAAUGUGGAGACCACCUACAAGCAUCUGAAGCAGGUGCCCGAUCAGGCCCUGUCCAACAGCAGCUACUCCGAGGUUGACCUUGGCAAGCUCUUUGGGGGCCUGUGUGCCGCCUUCUAGCCAGCGCCCCCAAAACAGGGCCGGCCGGCCCCCUUACUUGACAGCUGAGCCGUCCGCUCAGUGAAAAGGAAACGGAAGGUAUUGGGCGCCGCCCUUGGCUGCUCAUUCACAACCAUUGAAAUGGAAUUUUUUUAAGGUGGGGGGGGACUUAGCAUUCAGAAGUAAAUUGGACUAACGGAAUGUGAGUUUGUGGAUCGCCUGGCAUUGGAGGGAUGGGUCUGUAAAGUUUACCUUACAUGUGAAAUAAAGUUUUGUAUGUUUUAAGCUGCA